CCUCCCGUUGCGUCGAAUUUGUUCACCUUCGGAGCCAGCGUCAGUUUUCGGUUUUUAUUUUCGGAGCAGCGCAGUCAAAGUAGGCAGCGGACACUACUCGCUGUGUUGUGUGCGGAUUGGAUGGUGUGAGAUAAGAGAGCGAGCUCUGUGCUUGCAAAAGAAGAAAAGAAAAAACGUCGCCUUGGUUAAAAAACGCACCGAAAAACCGAAAUUUCCCCCAUCUUGUCGUUGUUGGCCAUCGUUGAAAGUGGAUUCUAUUGUGAUUUGAUUAAACAAUGGCAGUGUAGAAGUAUUGUGCGCAUUUGUUGAAAAAAUAAAAGUUCAUUGUCGCCGUGGAUGAAGAAAAAGAAAGGUGGUUCUUCGCCUGCUGCGUGAGGAAGGUGUGUGUUUGUGUGGGUAGGAAAGAGUUUUUUUUCUGUUGUGUGUAACGCCUGUACGUGUGAACAAACUGUCAAAAAAAGUUCGAAGCCAGAAGAAAAGUGGUGCGGAAAAAAUAGAAAAUAAUGUACGGCGCUGUGUGAAACGAGAAGAAGCAGCAGACGGCCGCAGCUCAAGAUUGACGUGCAAAAGAAAAGGCCACCAUCAAGACGACGACGGCUGCUGAAAAGGUGGAAAGGAGGAAUUUUUGCCUCUUUUUACGGUACGUGCUCGAUUUCGAUGUGUGUCUGAAAGUGUGGCGGAGGAAAAUGUCCGCAAAAUAAGUGUCCCGUGUGAUUCUGGUCUACCGGAAGACUGUCCGUGUCCGCAUCCGGCGUCGAUAAGUGUUAAGUGCCCCCCAGAAAAAUAAGGGAAGCUGCUCCACCACGUUCCGGGGAUAUUGUCUCCGGCCAGAGAAAGUUUUUGGGGACACGGCUCUGCAGAAGAAGAUUUUCACCUUGUCUCUGGCGUCGGGACGCGAGCGAACUUGAAAACUUGUCUAUUUUCGGAGGAGCCAAACAGAGCAGCAGCUCCUAAAAAGCAGGAGGAAUCUCCGAGGAGCUAGAGGAGCAGGAGGUGGACAACAUUCAAUUGCGUGCGAGCUUACAAUUUGGCAAACGAAAUACGGGACAAAUGACACAAAAUCUUGAAAGAAAUAAACCGUACUCCUACCAAAUGUGACUUUGUAGAAGCACGAGCACGAUUGCGUCAAUCGAUACCGGCAUCCGGUUCGGUGCUGCAGAAGCGUGUUUGAGACCGAUGCAAACUGCCAACCUGACGCUUUGCCGUUCGCCGCUCCUCGAAGGUAUCCUUUUGAUAUAAAUAAGUCUGGAACAAAUACCAAAUCAUAAAACAAACGAACAAACACAAACGAAAUGAAAUUCCCCGGUGGAAAUCAGUUGCUAUUUUGCGAGCAGGUGGGUACCGUGACAUCGUUCUUCGAGCAGUGGAACGACUGCGAGCGAACGGUUGUCCUCUAUGCUCUACUGAAACGUGUCCCAUUUGCCAAUUUAAAGUUCCUGCAGCUAUCGAUCGAUUACAACCUUGCCCAGAACUACAGCUCGCAAAGCAAGCUGCAGCUACUGGAAACACAUGCCAACAAUGCCAACUUCCUGAAUAAGCUCGUCCAACGGUACCAAACUAGCACCAGCACCGGUGCCACAACCACUUCCUCCCCGUGUUGCGUUGGUGGGGGCGGUGCUGGUGAACCAAAUGCCACCCUCCAUAACCACAACCACAAUAACAACAACAACACUAGCAUUGCCAACAACAAUCUGACCAUUUCCGACUCGAGCUGCGAAUCAGAGAAGAAAAACUCCACCUUUGAUCUUUCCUCAACCAGUUCCUCAUCCUGUUCGUCCUCAUCCGGGGUGUCCUGUGUGUCGUCUUCGUCGUCCCAAACAACGUCCUCGCUGUCGUCGUCUUCGUCCUCGUCCACAAUGCCAUCAAAUGGUCAAAUGACCACCGGCAAAACACAAGACCACCACCACCACCAGAGCAGCAAGGUCUCCAGCAAUAACAAUAAUAAUAAUAAUAAUAACAAUAAUAACAAAACUAAACCAGUCGAAUCGAAGAAGGACAUUCUGAACGACAUGUUAACAUACCUGCCGCUGCUAAAACCGGGCAACGACGACGUGAAGAGUGUGUACAUGUCGUUGAUACCGGCCGCGGUCGAAGACGCCUGCCAGCAGACCGUGCCCACCGAACUGGUGCAGCACAUAUUGUCCUACCUGCUGAUACAUCCGGCCGUUAACAAUGACGAUAGAAGAUCUCUAAGCUACUGGCUGCGCCAUCUGGAGGAACACAUCGCCACCUCCUACAUUCCGACAACGGCAGCAACUGCCAACAAUAAUAACAACAACAACAAAAACCCAACCAAGAUGGUCAACAGCAAUAGCACCUAUUUCAUCCAUCCUCCUGCUUCACAACAGCAGCAACUCGUUGGUGGAUCCAACCAGAAUCUGGCCUGCAAAACAAGCAGUCAACAAUCGCUACAUUUCCUCGCAACAGGCCCAUGGCAGCAAAUUCAUUCGCAACCGGCGCAACAUCAUCAUCAUCAUAGUCACAAUUCUCACCACCACAACAACAACGGAUGCAGCACCAAUUCCGGAAGCUGCAACCAACUUCCGCAACAUCAGCAACAGUCAUCGAUUUGCAUUUCGAGCUCGUCGCUGUUGUCCAAGUCACAGCAGAGUCUCAACCAAGUUGCCAGCAGCAGUUCCAGCUCUAGUUCCUGUCUUGAUAGCACUUCCUCGCAGCUGCUAAAGACCACCAACCUGCUAGCCAAUCUGGAUUGGUGCUCGGACGUGGUGAAAAAGCAGGAGGAUGGCGGCGGUGGGAGUGGGCCAUCCUUGAUCGGUGAUGGCAAUGGCAAUCCCGGCAGUGCCGUCCGGGGCAUCGGUAGCGUUGAGAACGUUUCGAUGAAGGACUUUGUACCGGUCACAUUCAAUUACUCAACUCCGCAGGGAAACAAUAAAUCCAUCGUGAAUAGCAGUGGUGCCAGCAGUGCUGGUACCACCACCAAUCAAGCCAGCAAGCACCAUCACCUAAUUGCGUCUUCUAGUCAAGCCUCCGGUGUGCUGCUGGGUAGCAGUGCUAAUGGCAGCAGUUUAAAUCUUAACGGUAGCACCGGUUUAGGAGCUCACACGGUGGUACUCUCGGAUCUGGACUCGAGCGACGAUAAUCAUCUGAGCUUUAGUAAAAAUGGAACGGAAAUAUUCGACUACGAUUGUGAUUACGAUAACGAAGAAGAAUUCAAUUAUUUGGCCCGAGCAGCCGCCGCUGUUGCCGCAGGAGGAACAUCGUCCAACGCUGCCAAUUCUUGUAAAUCUGGUGGGACGAAUGCGGCUGGAUCCGCUGCAGUUCCGCCAUCUGUUUCGGGAUCCAGUGGACCGACCAAUACCAGCAGUGGAAGCAGCAAUAGCAGUAGCAACAAAAAUCGAGUUUCGUUUGAUGCUAACAUUAGUGAUUACCUACGAGUCCCUCCUAUUGGACUUGGGGAAUUCGAUUUAGAUGGUAGCGGCCUGUUGAAAACCAGAAGAUCCAACAGUCUUACCACAACGGUAAGUAGUGCAUGUGGGCUUUCGGUUGGGCAACUGCAUCAGCAGAAGCAGAACAACGAAUGUUUAUCGGCGGAAAAUCUGAGCAAUCUACAACUACUGCAGAACAAACCGAGGAGUUUCUCGUUAACCAUGGACAGCCCACGGUCGUCGUUAACCUCCAGUGGAUCAGAAACUCGGCUGGACGAUUUCAAGCAGCACCAGUUGAUGAAAAUAUAUGGAUCUCCGAAUGUUGGCAUGUCUAGCAUAGCUCACUGGCUGAAGAGUUUGCGGUUACACAAGUACGUAUGGUUGUUCUCCAAUCUGACGUAUGAACAGAUGAUGGAAAUGACUGAAGAGUACUUGGCCAAUUUGGGCGUUACCAAAGGUGCUAGACAUAAGCUGGUAUUGUGCAUUCAUAAGCUAAAAGAACGGUACAGUGUACUGUUACGGUUAGAGAAGGACAUACUGAAUGCUGGGGGCUCUAGGGCCCAACUUAGUCCAGUAUUUGAUGAACUUACGAAUAUCGUGUUGACUCCGAUGAAACCUAUCGGACUGGAUCAGAAAGAGGAUAUUGCCGGGUUGUUUGUUAAAUUGUUGGACUUGAUUGCUUCGUUUACAUUGACACGGCCGCUCUGUGGCCCACAAGAAGAGGAAUGCAUGAAUGUUUUUAUUUGGGUGUUGGAGCGGGCGCUUCAUAACGACGCUUUUGCGGCCCAUACUACUCAGAUAAAGGAGUACAAGUACAAAGCGAAUAAACUGAAGAUGGCUUAUGCUCCCAAAAGCCACUACGCUAAGAAUAACAGCAUUAACGGAAAUAUGAAUAAGCCACGGUGGUCUACAACUAUCAAACACAAACCCAAUAGUGCAGCUGAUGGCCAAAAAACGCCCCACCGCAAGAGCUCCCUGCAGUAUUUUACUCCACCAAUGCAACAAUCGCAAUCAUCACAGCAACAAUCGCAACAAACUCAACAACAAUCCCAACAGCAAAACUCUUCCUCUUCUCACACACAUCUUCAAGCAAUUCCACAUCAAUACUACGGCCAUGGAGGUCAUAAUCCUAAUGCAGGCACGGGCCACAACAACAAUUACAACAAGAGUUCGUCUUAUCCGAACUUUGCUUCGAACUUAUCCAGCAGUAGUGGCUCUGGAAGCAACAGCACCAUCAAACAUCACGUACAGCAUUUACAGCAAAGUCAAAGUCAGCAUCCGCUCCCACAGCAACAGCAACCACAACCACCACAGCAAUCGCACCAUGCCCAACAGCAACAACAAUCGCAUGUCCCUCCACAUGGUAAUUUUAUGUACCAUCGACAUUCGUUGAACAACAUUUCCGCUCAUCAACACCAGCAGCAAUUCUUGCAGCAAUUGCAAAACCAACAUCAGCAACAACAGCAGCAGCAACUGCCAGUGCUGCCUUCGAUUUUCCUAACUGCAAUGGGAGGCGGUGGAUGUCCUCCAACAAACAAUGGAAAAUCCCAAUCGUCAGAAACCUCCUGUCCCAAUCCCAAAAACUCGACCAUGCCGACGAAGUCCAGUCCAGUGGAUCUGCUGGGAAGCAAAAGCCAGAACAACAGCAUCGGCGAUAUAAAUAGUCGGCUAGAGUUUCUUUGUUUGCAGAUGACCGAACAGGCCAUCAACUAGAGCACCUUGUUGGCCAGACAAGAAAAACUAGUGAGUAGUGGUAGUAAUUGUUAAAUAGGAUUGCGUUGAUUAAUUUAGGAAUCGGUCGCGAAACGAUGCAUGCCUCUUUCUGCGGAGGCACGUAGGGAUAGACGACGAUAGAAAUUGUAGAUUUUUUUUCAAUUCUUGACGCUCUUCAAGUCUAUAAGCUUAAAACUAAAAAAAUGGAAGUAAGCAAAUCUUAUAAGCAGAUAAAGGGAUUCCUGUAUUUUCAAUAACUCUAUAUAUAAACUACUCAUCUCAUUCUCUCUUUCUCUGAUAUACGCGCGGAAUGAGGACGCAAAAUUAACGCAAAGAGGUGGAAACUCUUACGUUGUUGUAGAUUUCUUCUCUUGGAGACAGAAAUUGAUUGUUUUAUCUAUUUGUAUCUGUUUUUAACAUCUAACUUUCUGACGCUAGCGGUCUAGAUAAGGACGUCAAACAAAACAAAACGAACGAUGUGAAAAUUGUGCUGAGAAGUGUUUCAAAAUACAAUAAUCGAUAGGAGAGCAAAUGAGUGCUAGGGAAUUUUUAAUUCAGUAAAAGCGGGUACAUUUGAAAGUGGUAGUAUUCUCUGUUUUACUAUUUGUGUAGCCUUUUUUUCUGUCCUAUGAAAUUCUCUAUGAUUUUACUAUUUAUACAAAUCGAAAAGCCUGUUCAGACAUAAUUUUAUACAAAUUGAGUAAAAUAAAACUUACUGGAAACUGUGAAGGAUGAGAGAAUUGCAUACUAUGGAGCUUAUUGCUUCUUGACACUCUAGAACAGUCUAAUGUUUAUAUUUUAAUCUUGCAUUGAUCAACCAUGGUGAGGUUUUGAAAACAAUAAAAAAAUCGUAUAGUAUACAUGAGAUGGAUGGAUAUAGGUUAUAAGAAGGGUCUGUGUGAUCUGUGUAGAUUUAAAUUUGAAACUUGUAACCUUCUGAGUUAUUGGGUCACCAAGUGGCUCGGUAGCUUAAUUGGUAAAGCACUCGUAUAGCAUACACAAGUCCUGGGUUUGAAUCCCAGAUGAGCAUGUGGAUUGUUCGAUAAUUUAUCCAGCUUUACCACGCGUAACGUAAUUUAUUUAAAAACAUUGUUUUCGUACUUGAACUACUUAGAUGGAAAAGUCCCAGUCGUUUUUGUCUUUUUUAAAUUAUGAGCAUAGAAUUCAGGGAUAGUUGAGAAAAUAAUCUUUUCGCCAUGCUUCGAAAUCAAAUAUCCAAAACUUAAACGGUUGAACGAGCUUAAGGACUCGGGGCUAGAGUAUUUGCGGGUUUCUGGUUGCAGGUAAAAUUUCGGCGUUGUAAAAUAGCCGUUAUGCCAAAUGACCAUUAUGCCAAACGGCGUUAUGCCAAAUGACCUUAUGCCAAAUGUUUUGCUCUCACUCGAAAUCUGAGUUUAAAUUUUAAGGUGUGGUCUAAACUCAGACAAAAAAACACAAAAGUAGUUGUCUUGAAUAGACUUGUAUUGCUGACGUAAUCCCCAGCGUUGUGUUCACAUAUUAAACAUUAGAACCAUAUUAUUGAGGAAGCAGUUUUGUUGAUAGAAAUAAAAAAAACUAAGUCUAUAUGGAGCCUACUUAUUUCGCAUUUUUGGCAGCUACAACUCAUGAUGGUUCUCUAAAAACUAUUGGGCUCAAAACUUGCAAUAAUUUUCUAAGCAUAAAAAUGCAUUUCACUGCCGAGUUUCAGUCAAAUCCCUUCAUGAUGAGGAGAACAAAACUAUACCAAUUACCUUUUCCAACCAGUUGUUAUUUGAAAAUUGAAAACCCAAAUUUUUCCUAUAUAGGUACAUGAUUAAUUUUUCACUUAAUAAAAACUAAAUAACGAAGACAUUAGACUGUUCUGAGAAAUAAUUUACAAACCCCAAAAGCAGCUUACAUUUCGAAACAUAUGGCAGAUUAAAUAAGGAACUAAACGUUAUGGACUUUUUGUCGUAACACAUACAUAUAUUUUCGAUUUAUUUCGAGUGUGCAAACAGAUUGUUCAAAUUAAAACAAGUGGAAAUAUUUAUUUAUUGAAAACGUGCAUCCGUUAUUAUAUAUGCACUCCUAGCCGCGGAAACAUCUAGAGCUUUCAGUUUCAUCUCUAUGUGGAUUUAAAUUUUUUGAAAAUGCUCGUGAGUUAGUUUUAGUUAUUUUUUGUGUAAAUAUUUUUCGGAAAAGAUUGCGUCUUGCGGGCUUAUUUUGUAGGAAAAAAUAUUUAUUUUUAUUCUUCACCGAAACAGAAAAAAAGAAAACAUAUUUAAACUAUUAAAGUACUAAGAAUAGAGGAAGAGAUGUUCAAUUGUUUCAUUGUAGAUCAAUCAAGCAGCGACAUGUCUUCGAGAUUCAAAUCCGAAGUUGAAAAAAUAUAAACUACCCAUAAUCUAUAAUGUUGUUAUGUAUAUUUAAUGGAAAGCAAAGAUAUCAAUCGUUUAUGUUCUGUUUUGUUUCUUCGAUGCUGGGUCCACUAUUGGAUACACUGUCACAUAUUAUUAGGCAUACUAAUACACUGCGAAUAAUGAGAAUCAGUGGGUUAUUGUUUUUUUUUUCUUUCAUUCGAUCGUACUAAAAUUACUUACACAAUAGACUGUGGAACGUAAUGAAAAUUGGAUAACUUACUAUACUACAAUGAACUACUACUGAACACAAUGUCAAGUGAAAAACGUGAUUUCGACGCAUAUAGUAAUCGGGUCGUUCUGGGUGUGCCUGAAAAUGGUAAACCGAAAAAAUAAGUAAGGAAGAUGAGUAUUGUGAGCAUGGAAGAAAAUGAUGAGCGAGUUCGUGUAAGAUUAAAUCAAUUAAAUUAUUAUUAAACUGCAAGCGUGCGGUGGCAAGACGCAAAAUAAGCAUGAAACGAACAAGAGAGAGGUAAAUUGAACAAGUUUUAUGUAGUGGAGUUUUUAUUACGAAAAAAAAA